UAGAUUUAGUGUUAAAACUCAUGGAUCCAGAAGAAGCUGACGGGGACGACUUUGAAGAUGGAGCUGAAAUAGAAGAUGAUGAGCCAUUAGAUGAACCUAUAGAUCAUGAACAGGGUGAGAGAGUGGAGAUCAUCAGUGAGGGAGCCACAGGCCAGGUGGAGCCCCAGAAAAGAAUAACAACCAAGUACAUGACAAAAUAUGAGCGGGCCAGAGUUUUAGGAACACGUGCACUGCAAAUAGCGAUGUGUGCCCCUGUGAUGGUGGAGCUAGAAGAAGAAACUGACCCUCUCGCCAUAGCCAUGAAAGAGAUUAAAGCAAGAAAAAUUCCUUUUAUCAUCAGUAGAUAUUUACCAGAUGGGAGUUAUGAAGACUGGGCAUUGGAUGAAUUGAUUAUUGACUGACUCUUAUAUUCUUGUCUAAUAAAAAUUUUUGUACCAUUAA